UGUCGGCCACGGUAACGUUACAUAAGGUCAGAGGUCAGGAGACGCUGCUGAACAGUAGAUCCAACAUCUAACAGGGCCGGGUCCUGGCCUAUAAGUUAGUAUAACGUUUCAUCUGUCACCUCACCGCCCAGACAGCAUCACACCAUGGCAGCCAAGAAGUCUUGUCAGCUGAUCGUGCAGCCUGCCCCAGACAGGGACGUGCUGCAGGUGUGUGCCAGGAACAAUGCCAGGAGAGUGCUGAGUGGGCUGAACCAUCAGCGCCAGGAGGGGUGGCUCUGUGACGUGGUCCUCUCAGUGAGUGGGAGGUCCCUACCAGCCCACAGAGGUGUGUUAGCGGAGCACAGUCAGUACUUCAGGGCCAUGUUUUCCUCAGGAAUGUUGGAGACUACUCAGCGGCAUGUAGAGGUGCAUGGUUUGGAGCCCUCUGCUGUGGAGCAGCUGAUCAGCUUCAUGUAUACAGGAGAACUGACAGUGACUCCAGACAAUGUACAGGACCUGUUGGCUGCAGCAGACAUGCUACAGUUGGAAGAAGUGAAAAAGUGCUGCAUAGAACUUCUGCUCAAACUCACCAACACUUCCAAUUGCUUAGGCAUGAAGUGUUUAGGUGAGAGGUACAUGUGCAGCAGUCUGGUCAGUAUGGCCCAGCAAGUCAUCAAGUCCAGGUUUGCAGCUGUAGCAGGUGGCGAGGAGUUCUUACAGCUGUCCCCAGGACACCUGGCACAGAUACUCAGCUUGGAUGAUCUGGAGUUAGGGUUAGGAGGAGAGGACACAGUCCUGUUAAGUGUGCUGAAGUGGUUAGGCCACUCCCCAGACUGUAGGAUUCAGGAGCUGAGACCACUGCUAGAGCAUGUCAGACUAAACCAAGUGUCAAAGGAAGUUUUCCAAACUGCCCUGGACAACAGCAGCCUACAACAGUCUCCGGAAUGUGUUGACUACCUCAGAAGUGUAGAAGAGGGCAACAUAUCUGGAAGUGACCAACUGUCAGUACAACGGGCUAGAGUACCCACCAAAUACUUGUAUGUCUUGGGAGGUCACUCUCAAUCAAGAACAAUGGGCAGAAAUCCCACACCAAAGUGUGAAAGGUUCAAUCUGAAGACACAGGAGUGGUCAGACAUGAGAGACCUCCCUCCAUCCAUGUCAUGUCCUCAUCACAUCAUCGCGCAGCAUGCUCUUGUGGUGGACAACAAUCUGUACAUCCUGAACCUGCUGAAAACAGAACACCCCAGCCAGGCCACACACUACAGUAAGAUAACCUACCACAUGUGGAAGUACAGCACCUUACAUGAUGAGUGGAGCAGCAUGAGAAAUGACUUUCAGCUGCCAUGCCUUCCUCAAGAGUUCCAGGGAGCCACAGUCAUCCAUUCUCAGUCGGACAACCUUCUUUACCUCGUAUCUUCUCACGCAUUUUUAGCAUUGGAUUUGGAUCAAGACUCGUGCCAAAGACUUCCCGACUUUCAAGAGCCAAAGAUCUACCAUGGAGGUGCCAUGUUGAAUGGCAAGUUGUAUGUGGCAGGGGGCAUGCACACUGGGAGCUGCUGUGGUGUGUUAGGUCGGAUUGAAGUCUUCUCAUCCAUGCACUGCUACGACCUUGUUGAGAAGAAGUGGUCUGAGAAGGCAAGCAUGUUGGACAGAAGAGCCGGAAUGGGAUUUGCUGAAUUAGGUGGGAAGCUGUAUGCUGUAGGUGGUUACCAGCACAUCAGGCGGCUGGACUCAGCAGAGGUGUACAGCCCAGAGUCGGACAGCUGGACCUACAUAGCCAGUCUGCACAGGUCCAGGACGUACUGCCCUCUGCUGACGUGGAAUGUGAAUCUGUAUGUAGUUGGAGGCAAGUCUUUGACCAGAAAGGAUGGAGGUGCCAGAAUAACCCUGAGCUCUGCAGAAAUGUACCAUCCCCAGACAGACUGCUGGAGCACCAUCCCUGCCAUGAAGCUGCAGCGCUGUCUGAUGGCAGCUGCUGUCAUGUGAUGCCUUUCUUAUCAUUAGAUCUGCCAUGUCAAAUAAAUGGAAGAAUGGGUGGAUUCAUGCAUUAUUUGUGAAUCAUAAUUCUCAUAAUUCUGAAAAGUGUUGAAGGAAGGAAGAAAUUGCUGUAACCCUUUGAACAGUUAUUCAACAGUUCAGUUAAUUGUCAUAUAUCAACAGGAAUUUCUGGAAUGGUAAGAUAUUAUUUAUGUUGCUUGUCUGGAUCUGGAAUCAACCUUUUUAACAAAAUACCAAAGAAACAGCUCACCAGGUAAUUGUGUCUUUAUUUCCUACAAGAACCAAGAACAUAUUUGAGAUAGGACUCUAGCAGAAAAUAGCAAAGUAUUGAAAAGCAACCACCAUCUUGGCAGUUACGCUGUUAGAUGUACAUCCCGGUAUCAUCUUGAUAUGUGCAUCCGGGUUACAUACUCGCCCACGUCGUAUGUCAGUCUAGUGCUCCAUAAUGUAUUGUCAUCCAGAGACUCCAUUCAGUAUUGAUUAUGAGGCAUGAUCAGGGGUGCAUUUCCGAUUUGUGUAGAGAGCAUCUGUUUUUCAUAAGAUUUGUACAUAAGAUUUGUACAUAUUUCAUAGUGUUUUGUGCCAUUUAAUGACAUUCCUACAAAUGUUAUUGCAUAUGCAAAAAAUUUUAAAGUAAGAUUUUAAUAAGAAACUUCUACAUGAAGAAUAUUUGCUGAUGACUUUACACAGGCUACAGAAUCAUGCAUAUGAUAAUGACAGUACACAUAGUUCCACCUUUCCCUCAGUAUGGGGACAAAAAGCCUGCUUAACCACCUCAUAAACCUUGCUAUUUGGACCAAGCAGACCACAUGUCACACACAUAUAUGCAUGUUAACAAUAAUGGCCUCUUCUGCUGUGAUAUAUGUGAAUCAUGUUACAUGCCUGUGGGUGAUAUGAAGGGUGACAAAGAAUUGUAUAGUCUCACCUCUUUAAAGGGCAUUGGUCCAUGAUGCUGAAACUACUAGUGGUUGAGUUAUUGUUAGGAAUGCAUGUCUGUUCUGUAUUUUUAAUUGAAUUGUAAUAAACUAUUUUUAUAUUGUUCAUGCACAA